AGAUGGCAGAUCCAGAGGAAAAACGGAAAUUCUUAUUGGGACGCUGUUGCAAGUUUCACUGGCGAGGGAAUCUCACAGUAAUUAUACCUUCCCUCACAUUACCGAUUCUGAUAUAUGCAUUCAUGAACGACAGGGCCGAGUACAAGUGCUUGUGGCUCAUUGUCACCAUGGCCCUGCUGUGGAUUACCGAAGCCCUACCCAUAUACUUGACAGCAUUGUUGCCCCUUGCCUUUUGUCCACUCCUUGGUCUGGUGAAUUCCGAAAGGGUGUGCCAACUGUUCUUCACCGAAACCAUAGUGGUGUUCCUAGGUGGACUUAUUGUGGCCUUGGGAAUCGAGUACUGCAAUCUGCACACGAGAAUCGCCCUGACAGUCAUUCGGAUUGUCGGUGGAAGUCCUAGACGUUUGUUUGUAGGCAUUAUGGUUGUUAGCGUGUUUAUGGGAUUGUGGAUAUCCAAUUCUGCCGGAACGGCUAUGAUGUGUCCCAUUGUUAAGGCGCUGAUCACAGAGUUGAAUACCAACAACAUGGUUCCCGUUUAUAUGACGCAAGAAGAAGAACCAGUUGAGGAGGGAGAACCACCACAUCCGUCCAAGAUAACCAUAGCCUUCUACGCUGGCAUCGCCUACGCCUCCACAAUCGGGGGACUGGGAACGCAUAUUGGUACAGGAACGAAUCUGGUCUUAGUAGGCAUAUACGCAGACCGGUUUCCCACGUCCACGGAGGAAAUUUCAUUUGCCAAUUUCAUGUUCUACUCGAUCCCCCUGAUGGUGUGUUUAAACAUAACGCUGGUUAUUAUUUCCUUGCUCGUAACUCAGAUGGGACUCUUUCGACCAAAAAGUAAGACCGGACAAGCCAUUUCGGAGGCCAACAAAAACAGGAAAGUAAUGGAGGAGGUUUUGCGCCAACGCCAUAUUGAUUUGGGCCCAAUGAGCUGCCAUGAAAUUCAAAUGUCCAUCGCCUUUGGUUUAAUGAUAGUGCUUCUAAUUACCCGCAAACCGGGAUUCUUUCCGGGUUGGAUGACUCUUAUUGACAGAAAGCCAGUGGGAAGUUCGGUUGGACUGUUAUUUGUUGUGCUACUGAUGUUUGCCUUGCCCACCCAAUAUACGUUCUUCAAGUACUGCUGCGGUAAAGCUCCGUUUACUGCCCAGGCGAUAGAUGCGGUAAUAUCUUGGCAAUAUGUCUUUACUAAUAUUUCCUGGGGCCUACCGUUUCUUCUGGGUGGUGGCUUUGCCUUGGCCGAGGCCAGCCGCGAAAGCGGGCUUAAUAUAAUGAUCACCAAGGCCAUGCAGGUCCUCAAAGGAUUGCCGAGUGUUGUGUUGCAGUUGAUAACGCUUGUGUUGUCCACGUUUUUCUCGACUUUCAACGCCAACGUUGUUGUGGCGAACAUUGUUCUACCAGUUUUAUGCGAAAUGGCCAUUGCGUUGGAAAUCCAUCCUUUGAUUUUAACUCUGCCAUCUUGCUUAGCAAUUAGCAUGGUCUACUUUCUACCCGUGAGCACGCCCCCGAAUGCAAUUGUUACCCAGUAUGCACAUAUUAAGACCAAAUACUUUGCGUGUUGCGGCAUUUUGCCUACCAUUAUCGGGCUGCUCGUGAAUUUACUGAACACCAACACAUGGGGAUUUGUAAUUUUUCCGGGAACAAGAAGCUUUCCAGAUUGGGCAAUGGAAAUUAGGAAUAAAACAAAAAUAUAAUGAUGGUUCUGUACAGACACCCUGUUCUUGGUAUAGGGCUUUCAAUAGCU